GACAGUGCUGCGUGACUCACAGGGAGAGGACAAGUUGCUUCACUACACUUCUCCUUUUUUCUAACAGCAGCCAUUGCAUUGUCUUUUUUUUUUUUUUCGGCCUCUUCAGUUUUGUUUUGUCGCCGUGAGAGAGACGCGUGUGUGCAGUGGUCCACACAUUGAGAAACACCUUUUGAAUGCACCGUGGAUUAUUCUCCGCUUCGCUUUUUGUUGCCUUUUCUUCUUCUUCUUGAUUUCCAUUGGUUACUAAGAUCGAGACCUGCUUGGUUGCUACCAUGGACCUUGUCACCCGAAUCCAGUGUCUUUGAGGUGUCGAUGCUCCAGGGACCCAGCCUCUGUAUCGGAGAGGGACGAGGCUGCUCCCACCUGGGCCACAGAUCUCCUCUGAAACUCGGCUUGUGGUGUCUCUCUCUCUCUCUCAGAGCACUAACCACGCAGGUCAGAGAACAGGAGGAGGAGGCGGACGUCGACGACAGGAAAUACAUUUUGUCGUGAGGUGAAGCUGAGUCCCUAUCUGCGCAGAGAAGGAGGCGGAGUAGUCAGAUAUUUUAGGCUGCUCGCUGCCCUCUGAACUCCACCGCCAUGACGACUGCAAUGCAGCCCAGUGAACUGGUGUUUGAAUUUGCCAGCAAUGGGAUGGACGAAAUCAAUCAGGUGUGCAGUUAUCUCAUCCCCACACUCAUCACUGAAUCCUGUGGAGCAGGAUUGAUUCUGGACGACCCGUCAGUGUUUCCGGCGGUGAUCGUGGAGCAGGUGCCUGCAAACGAUCUGCUGCAGGUCUACUCAGGCCUGGACUCGGACGAGGUGCCCAAUGGAAUCAUGGUGGACACCACCCUACACGUGGUGGAGGAACCUUCCAUCUUGGUGGGAGGGGUGGACCUCUCAGAGACAACAGUCUCAGGCGGAGAGGACAGCAUAGAGACGAGUGAAGCUGCAGCAGCUCUUCUUAACAUGGAGUCCCCUAACAACAUUUUGGAUGAGAAGCGUAUGAUUCACACCUACGGCACUCUGCUGGAAUCAGACCUGACAUACGCCCCACUGAGGCCUGACCAGAUGGAUUGCAGUGCCCUUGACAUGUCCCUAGACGAGGACACUUCAUCCAUGGAUGAGAUCCCCCAAAAGAGUCCCUUGAAACCUCAGAAAAAAAAUAAAGUGCGGAAGCCACGGGCGGUGCGUCCCUGCUCCCCUAUCACCACCCCUAACCUGCCACUCAGGAAGAAGAGCAAAGAGGGCAAAGGCAACACCAUCUACCUGUGGGAAUUCCUACUGGCUCUGCUGCAGGAUAAAAACACCUGUCCCAAAUACAUCAAGUGGACCCAGCGAGAGAAAGGCAUUUUUAAGCUCGUGGACUCCAAAGCGGUUUCAAAGCUGUGGGGCAAACACAAGAACAAGCCUGACAUGAACUAUGAGACAAUGGGAAGAGCUCUCAGGUAUUAUUAUCAAAGAGGCAUCCUGGCCAAAGUGGAGGGGCAGCGGCUUGUAUACCAGUUUAAGGAGAUGCCAGCUGAUCUGGUGGUGAUCGAGGACGAAGACAUGGGCCCCGAUGCCAACGCUGGCUACGGUGGCCAGAGAUCGACCAAUGGCAGGUCCGUGGGGCGUGGAGGGCCCAAAGGUCACGGGAGGGCUCACGGUCAACACCAAGUCUCCGUGAAGCAGAUGAAGAAGGAGCCGAUUGAUGAAUUCCUCUACCAGGAAGCUAACGGCGGACACACCGGGCAGCUCCUCCAGUCCCUCCAUGUAUUUCAGGCAAAUCAAGGGUCGAGUGUCCACGAUCAGGCACAAGCUAUGAGGACUAUCACUGCUCCUGCAUCUGUUCCUAUGGUCUUGACAUCUUCUGGCUCUCUUCAGUCUGUCCCCCUCACCACUGUUCUGGCCAACGGGGACUCCUGUCACUCCCCCCCUCCGCGGGUUAUUCUCCACUCCAUGCCCUCCAACUCAGCAGGUGGUAAAGAUGUGCUCACCAUUCAAACAGCCUCUCUAGCAGGUGGAGCCAACAGCCUGGAGGACGGCCUCCCGCAGCAGCUCCUCGUCACCAGUCUGGGCUCCUCCACUCUCUCCACCUCCUCCGUCUGCACUUCCCCUCCAGGAGUCAUUAGUUCCACUGCUUCCAACCUCAACGGUCUCCCGCGCCUGGUUGCCAUCAACACCACCUGCGGGCAGACCAUGGUGGCUCAGCAGCCUGGCACCGUAAUCGCCACCGUGCUCAAAUCCAGUGAUCUCUCCGGGCUGCAGGUCAAAGAGGAGAUGCUGGACCCCAGGUACUUUCAGUCGAUGGUGAACGGCGAUCCAUCACUGGUGGCACACACGUUUGAGAAAGAAGAGAUGGAGGUAGGGGAGGCAGAGCUGCAGUACAGGACUGUGAUCAUUGACACCAGUGAAAACCAUGGCCAGGAGGCUGCAAAUGAAACUAUAAUGAAUGGACAUUACUCCCAGAGCAGCAGCCCCAGUGAGGGCCUGACCCCUGUGGAGGAGCUGGAGGUGCGUGGGGAGAUGUCCCUGCAGCCUGACCAGGGAAUCAAAGGCCUGCAGGAUCUGCCACUGUCUGUCCAACUGCCUGCAAACUUUAUCCAGAUAAAGACAGAGCCUGCGGACGUUUAGGGCUGCAGGACUCUCGCACAUCAAGCUGAACCAAAAAAACAACAAGUAAAUCCAUUUUGACCAUGGACUCCGUUUUCUUUUCCCAACACAACGAUCUGGUCAGAGAUCAGAAGUGAGGGAUCUCGCGGCGCUUUGCUCUUAAAGGUUGGUCAGUUCAACCUCAGGAUUUAUUGUUUACUCACAUAUUUUGUGACCACGUGCCUAAUUUUAAAAAUCAAAUUUUAGUGUUUAGUUUUUUCUAAGAAAAAGGAUUUUGAAUAAUAAUCUGUUGACAUGAACCCCAGCACACACAGAUACAGAUACAGAUACACACAUAACGCACAGAACACCUUCCCCCUCCAGGAGAACAGCCAUUGGAUAAACCAGGGAUUCUGUCCUCCAAAUGUGCCAGUUAGUAAUUGUCUUACCUUACUUAUCAUUGGACUUGUAUGUUGAAAGGGGAGAAAUGAGACAAACCAAAACCCGGGGACUAAAUGCCAAAUGGUGCAAUGAAAUCAAGACUUCUGACAUCA